CUGUCUUAUAAACAGUCUCCAAAUUACAAUUGAGCGGAAAGUAUAUUAGUCAAACAACUUCUCAGGGUGAAGGUUCAUACUUCCUUUUUUUCUACUGUGAACCUCUGAAUACAGUGCACCUUUAAUGACAAGGGACCUCAAAGCGCAUUAGUUAAGAACAUCUCGAUGUCCAGGAUGAACUGAAAGUCUUGUGCUCUGUGUUGUGGUCCAUUAAGGGUUCACCAGAAAUCAGUGCUUUUCUAUGGACAAGAAGGUACAGAGGCCGAGUGGGGUCCAGAUACACGGGUUGGUGCUCACAGACCCUAAGGACUGAGGCUGGGUGAGGUCACAUACAGGACAAGGACAGUUAAAGGGACGUGGACUCGGAGUUAUUCCCACUCCAUCUCUGGGUGGAGAAAGAGCCUCACCCAUUUCAAAACUUGCUUAUUUGAAAGCAUGCUGUUUUAUAUUGCCUUUUUUGUGUGUUGGUAUUCUAAGAAAGUGACAGAAGUACAAUGAGGAAGAGAAAACAAGAAAUAAUUGUGAAAUGAUUAACAAAAAUUUACAGAUCUUGCAAGACUUCCUGGAAUUUGAUAUUCACUACGUGACAUCAAUGAACUAACAUCCUGGCAGUGCCCUUAAAUUCAUGGUCCCACUAACCACCCCUCACAGGGCAGACUCACAACCCACAGAGCACGGCGGGGACAUUAGUGUUACUGCACCAUCGGGGAUGUCCAGCAUGCUGCUGUCCCUGAUCAGUGUCAUUGUCACCUUGGGGGUCUCCCAGGCUCAUGGACAAGAAACAACCUGUGAUCCCCCAACUAUUCCUAAUGGCCUCUACGCACCUCACAGGACCAAACACAGACUGGAAGAUGUGAUCACGUACCGCUGUGACAAUGGCUUUUAUCCCUCAUCCCGAGGAAACACAGCAAAAUGCACGGAUGGAGGCUGGGCACCUCCUCCAAGAUGCAGCCGUAAGUUCCACUCAAAUCAUAAUCUGCUUCCUAUUUCUGAAAUUACUUCUCUUAAACCUAAAAAUGGGGACACAUUCAAUCACCAUAACUCACUACAGAGAAUGUAA